GGCCGGCAGGCGCACUGCACGCAGGUGCGGACCCGGCGGCUGAUGAAGGAGCUGGCGGACAUCGCCCGCCUGAGCGACCGCUUCAUCUCGGUGGAGCUGGUGGACGAGAGCCUCUUCGACUGGAACGUCCGGCUGCACCAGGUGGACAAGGACUCGGUCCUCUGGCAGGACAUGAAGGAGACCGGCACCGACUGCAUCCUCCUCAACCUCACCUUCCCGGACAACUUCCCCUUCGGGCCGCCCUUCAUGCGCGUCCUCAGCCCCCGCCUGGAGAACGGCUACGUCCUCGACGGCGGCGCCAUCUGCAUGGAGCUCCUCACCCCCCGCGGCUGGUCCAGCGCCUACACCGUCGAGGCCGUCAUGCGCCAGUUCGCCGCCAGCCUCGUCAAGGGACAGGGCCGCAUCUGCAGAAAAGCCGGGAAGUCGAAAAAGUCCUUCAGCCGCAAAGAAGCCGAGGCAACAUUUAAGAGUCUAGUGAAGACCCAUGAAAAAUAUGGGUGGGUCACUCCUCCGGUGUCCGACGGCUGAUGCUGCCUAUGAUCCACCCGCCAGACGCUAAAUGAGACACCAACGUAAAGCGAAGUACUCUUGACAUCUCCUCAAUGCAUAAACACACACAUCCAUCCUUUUUCUACUUCAGCUUCUGUUAGAUGUCAUGAAUGUCACGGAGACGUCCAAAUUAUUUAUGAACAGAUCUGUUUACAGGGGGGUGGGGAGGGGAAAUGCUGUAUAAGAUUAUAUUUUAAAACUGGCAAAAUGAUCAGUUUUGAUCACCUUUUGAGUCACUUUAGAACAGAUGCUGAGAUUGUAUUGCCUCUUCAGACCCUUCUCCAUCCGAGCCCCGUUCCUCUCGCUGCUCCUGCCGCGUCUUCCCCCCGGCUCAGCAGCACCGACCAGCCAUCCUGGGAUCUCCAUCCGCCAUCAUUCCGUUCGUUUAUAUGUUAACAACAACAAAAAAAAUGAAGCUGUUAGUAUUUAAAUAGGGAAGCAAGUGCAUUGCAGAUCCAUUUUUGCUGUGCUGUUUUUAAAGUUUGUGUUUCCAAACAGGUCAACCUGACUUUGAAGAUGUGUUUCUUUUGUGUGGAGCUGUGGUCUGCCGUGGCUGAAAUUUCAGGCCCCAUUUGUGCUAUGUGACAUGACCUUUGGUCUCCUUAAAAACAGAAGGACAGGAUUCUAGCAAAGACACAAGCUCUAGAGUUGAAAAGGGGAAGAAAAGUACCCAGCUGGUCAGAGGUGUGCUGGCUCUGGUGAUCCUGUGGUGUGUAGUUGCUCAAGGCAGGAACAAAAAAAUACACCAUCAUGUGGAGGUCAAAAUGGUUUUGGGAACCAGAUACACCCGAGCCAAGGGGGCAGCAAGGGGCUGGUGACCCACAUAGCGUCUAUCUUCCUAGUAGAAUGGGGUACUUUAAGAGCUGCAUAUUUAUCUGUCAGCCUCUGCAACUGCCAAACAAAAUAAAAUGAGACAAAAUAAAAGAACUAAACUAACAGUACUCAACUUAAAAAAAAAAAAAGAUGGACCAGUUACAAAAGCUAAGUCAGAUUUUUUUAAGGCCUUUCUAGGACUAUUUGCAUGCCUGGAUUCUCCCCCCCAUCCUACCCCACCCCAACACGAUAGAGACGUUGCAUCUCCUUCCAGCCCAAUGUCAGAGAGAAUCGACUACUAUAUAAAGGCCCGGGGGGGUUGCUAAGGAUUCAUGUUUCCCCCUUCUACUCGACAGGUUUUUAAGACUUCAUAUAAUGUUCCUAUGAACACAAAGGAUGAGCUUGGAAAUGUGAAACCUGACUGUGUUGGACACAUUCUGAAUAAAAUCAA